AUGGACGUCGUGAACGGAGGCGUCGCGCACUUGGCGCCGGCACCAGCGUCAUCAACGAACAGCGAUCGACCGGAUCCAGGCGGUUACAAGCUGAAGUUCUGCACCGUUUGCGCCAGCAACCAGAACAGAUCUAUGGAAGCCCAUCUGCAGCUCUCCAAGGCACAGUACCCGGUGAUCUCGUUUGGCACGGGUUCUCUGGUCAGACUUCCUGGCCCAACCAUCAACCAGCCCAACGUCUACCAGUUCAACAAGACAUCAUAUGACAGCAUGUUCAAAGAGCUACAGUCGAAAGACGAGGACCUCUACACACGCAACGGUCUGCUCAACAUGUUGAAUAGAAACAGGGCGGUCAAGUGGGGCCCUGAGCGUUGGCAGGAUUGGCAGAUUGGCAUCCCACGACUGAAUCAUGUCACCGACCGGGGUAGUGAUGGCAUUGAGGGAGGUGUAGCAGACAUCGUCUUGACAUGCGAAGAGCGCUGCUGGGAUGCAGUCAUUGACGAUCUACACAAUCGAGGGGCCCCUUUAAACCGGCCUGUACAUGUCAUCAAUAUAGAUAUCAAAGACAAUCAUGAGGAGGCGUCCAUUGGAGGAAAGGGCAUUUUAGAUCUGGCAGACUCCUUGAAUAAGGCCGCCAAAGAGGAAAGAGAAGCCGUGGGCACCAUCACAUUCGAUAUGGCUACGGCAGCUGGCCGGGCUUCGUUUGAUGAGAGAGUACCGGAGAUUAUUGGCGAGUGGCAGGAGAGAUGGCCUAAUCUACCCGCGACAUGGACAUUGGCCUGGUUCUAA